CAGUCUCUCUCCAGCCUUGGAGAGGGAAAGACUGGUUGCCUACAAGCAGAAGGGGGUACCUUGGACAGAGCAGUGCUGGGAAAGGGCAGGAGGCGCUCCAGCCUGGCAAACUCCCUGGCUGAGGUUUUGCUUCCAAGGCCUGAGGAGGUACUGGGGCUGUGGGGAAGCAGCCAGGGAAGGAAGAGGCAGCUGGUCCAACCCCUUGCUGAUGAGUGGCCACUUCAGACUGUGGUUUGCCCUUGAGGGAUGGGGCUAGAUGAAGACUGGUAGUGGGUCAUUGAGGUGAUGUGGGAAUUGGGAUUUCCUGGUGAGGACACCUGAGUCUGGGGGCACUACUGUGGGGCAGUACCCCAGAGAAGAGGCACUGUGGGCCAAAGGGGAUGUGGGGCCUACUCUGAUGCCAGUGGUAAGACACAUGUGACAACAGGAGAAACACCAGCCAGCAGAAGGCACUCUGGAGCUGGAAGGGCUAACUCCUGAGGUAACCAGAAGAGGUGUGGUGGCAAUUGUUGUGUGAGAUUUCUCUGAAGCCACCAAAAUGGUGUUAGCAGACCUUGGAAGAAAAAUAACCUCCGCAUUGCGCUCGCUGAGCAAUGCUACAAUUAUCAAUGAAGAGGUUUUAAAUGCUAUGUUAAAAGAAGUAUGUACGGCACUACUGGAAGCUGAUGUUAACAUUAAAUUAGUGAAACAGCUGAGAGAAAAUGUCAAGUCUGCUAUUGAUCUUGAAGAGAUGGCAUCUGGUCUUAACAAAAGGAAAAUGAUUCAGCAUGCUGUCUUUAAAGAACUUGUCAAGCUUGUAGAUCCUGGAGUCAAAGCCUGGACACCAACUAAAGGAAAACAGAACAUUAUAAUGUUUGUUGGGCUGCAGGGAAGUGGUAAAACCACAACAUGUUCAAAGUUAGCCUACUAUUACCAGAGGAAAGGUUGGAAGACAUGUUUGAUAUGUGCAGACACAUACAGAGCAGGUGCUUUUGACCAGCUAAAACAGAAUGCAACAAAAGCAAGAAUACCAUUUUAUGGGAGUUACACAGAAAUGGAUCCUGUGAUUAUUGCUUCAGAAGGUGUUGAGAAAUUUAAAAAUGAAAACUUUGAGAUAAUCAUUGUUGAUACAAGUGGGCGUCACAAACAGGAAGACUCUUUGUUUGAAGAAAUGUUACAAGUUGCCAAUGCUAUACAACCAGAUAACAUUGUUUACGUUAUGGAUGCCUCCAUUGGUCAAGCUUGUGAAGCUCAGGCAAAGGCUUUCAAAGAUAAAGUAGAUGUAGCCUCUGUUAUUGUGACAAAACUUGAUGGCCAUGCAAAAGGAGGUGGCGCUCUCAGUGCAGUUGCUGCCACAAAGAGUCCUAUAAUUUUUAUUGGUACUGGAGAGCACAUAGAUGACUUUGAACCAUUCAAAACACAGCCUUUCAUCAGCAAACUCCUUGGCAUGGGUGAUAUUGAAGGAUUGAUAGAUAAAGUAAAUGAAUUAAAGUUGGAUGAUAACGAGGCACUCAUAGAAAAGCUGAAACACGGUCAGUUUACUUUGAGAGAUAUGUAUGAACAAUUCCAAAACAUCAUGAAAAUGGGACCCUUCAGUCAGAUCUUGGGUAUGAUCCCUGGUUUUGGAACGGAUUUUAUGAGUAAAGGCAAUGAACAGGAAUCAAUGGCAAGGCUAAAGAAAUUGAUGACUAUAAUGGACAGUAUGAAUGAUCAAGAACUAGAUAGUACAGAUGGUGCGAAGGUUUUCAGUAAACAACCAGGAAGAAUCCAAAGAGUAGCAAGAGGUUCGGGUGUUUCUACCAGAGAUGUACAGGAGCUUUUGACACAGUAUACAAAGUUUGCACAGAUGGUGAAAAAAAUGGGAGGCAUCAAGGGUCUUUUCAAAGGAGGUGACAUGUCAAAGAAUGUAAAUCCAUCUCAAAUGGCAAAACUGAACCAACAGAUGGCAAAGAUGAUGGAUCCAAGAGUUCUUCAUCACAUGGGUGGCAUGGCAGGAUUGCAGUCAAUGAUGAGACAGUUUCAACAAGGUGCUGCUGGAAACAUGAAAGGCAUGAUGGGAUUCAAUAAUAUGUAAAGAAGCCUUAAUAAAAACUGACUUGGCUGAGGACAUUUGCUGCGACUUCGGUAAAAGGACUUGAUUUCUUCCUUUUACAGUGAGAGAGAAGAGUGUUGAUGGGGGUGGAGGAAGUGACCUUUUGAAACUUCUAUUUGGGCUUCUCAAGAAGAUUCUAAAUUGAUUUCCGGAAAACAAUUAUAUUUUUGCUUAGUUCCUUCCCAUCAAAAGAAGUUAAGUUUAAUAAAUAAAAAUCAUGAUGUAAAAUUUUAAUAUGUAGAGACACUUUUUAAUUGUUUGCAUUAAAUGGCAGCCAUUAUAUUUGUAAACAAUCCAGAUAUUUGGUUAAUAGUAACAUAAAAUGUCCCAAGAAAUGUUGUAAAAUAAACUUAAAUGGUUGUAAAUGAA